GUAACUUUCAAUAAAGUUGUUUCAACACGCAAUGUCCGGUUUUGCUCAUUUUCACUUCCGGUUGGCGUAUAAAUUAGCCACCAGAUGAAAUUAAAGUAAAGCCGAGGCCUUGUUUGAUUCAUUAUUGGGCGCAUAAUGGCCGUGUCCAUAAGCUCAACAUGUCCAGGCACAUACUGUGGCAGGAUGUUGGUGAACGGAUCAGUGGAGGGAGACUGUGGUGUUUGUCCCCGCGGAGAGCGGGCCAACCUCCAGAAUGUGUGUGAGCGCUGCACUGAGUCCCCCGAGCUGUACGACUGGCUCUAUCUGGGCUUCAUGGCCAUGCUCCCCCUCGUGCUGCACUGGUUCUUCAUCGAGUGGUACUCCGGGAAGAAGAGUUCGAGCGCCCUGUUGCAGCACAUCACGGCCAUGCUGGAGUGUGGCGUGUCGGCCGCGGUCACCCUGCUGGUCAUGGAGCCGGUGGGAAAGCUCAGUGUCCAGUCGUGUCGGGUCCAGAUGCUGUCGGACUGGUACACCAUGCUGUACAACCCCAGUCCAGACUACAUCAACACACUGCACUGCACCCAGGAGGCCGUCUACCCACUCUACACCAUCGUGCUGAUCUACUACGCAUUCUGCCUGGUGCUGAUGAUGAUGCUGCGUCCUCUGCUAGUGAAGAAGAUAGCGUGCGGUCUGGGCAAGUCGGACCGCUUCAAGAGCAUCUACGCCGCUCUGUACUUCUUCCCCAUCCUCACCGUGCUGCAGGCCGUGGGAGGAGGGCUGCUCUACUACGCGUUCCCCUACAUCAUACUGGUCCUGUCUCUGGUCACACUGGCUGUGUACAUGUCUGCCUCUGAGAUACAGUCGUUUAAGAACCUGACUGCCAAGAAGAAGCGCCUGGUGGUCCUGUUCAGCCACUGGCUGCUCCACGCGUACGGCAUUGUCUCCAUCUCCCGACUGGACAAGCUGGAGCAGGACCUGCCGCUGCUGGCCCUGGUGCCGGGCCCCGCCCUCUUCUACAUCGCCACCGCCAAGUUCACGGAGCCCAACCGCAUCCUGUCUGAGGGCGGUAGCGGACACUGACUCUGCUCCCAGCAGGUUCCAUCAGCGAUCUCUAAACAGGCCGGUGCUCUCUGAUCGGUUUAUUCAUGUAGUUUACUGUACAAACUCGCUUCUCACUCACAGUUAGUGAUAUCCAUCUUCAUUCAGAGUAAGUCAGUAUUGCAGCAGCUGUGACAGCACGGCCGGGCUGUGUGUUUAAUAUGUUGGGGGUGGGCUUUCUAGCUUCGGCCCAUUUUGAACUCAUUAGUGGGCCAGUCACAGCUGUCUUGUUAUUUGCGGUCUAUUUUUUUCUUUCAAAGUUGGUGGAGAAACUAAUCUGAACAAAUUGAUAUAUUGUCUCAAGAUUUCCCCACUCGAUAAAUACACACUUUCUCAUUCAAUGUUUUUUCUAUAUUAAAGACAUCAAAGCUAUGUAGGAACAUAUAUAUUAUGUGGUAAACAACUAGGAUAAUACCAUUGAAGGAGAAGGUGUGUCCAAACCGUGUGUGUGUAUACACAUGGGAGGCACGAACUCAGCUGAGGGUAAACCUGUAAAUAGUGUCACUUCUUUGUAUUUUACUCAACUUAAUUGUGUGUACAUAAAGUAAAAUAACUGAUAUUGUGCUUCUGUUGGCUUAUGCAGACACGUUGGUCAUGUAAAUAACUGUUAAUGUUCGAAUGUUGAAGUAGGAUUUGAAGUUUGUACCCGUGAGCGAAACCUAGCAUGAGCACUUUGAGCUAUUCUCAUAAAUGUCAAACAAAAAGCAAUGAGACAUCACUCAUUCCCUCACGUUGUUUAUUGGCUCCUCUCAUUAGUUUGGCAUUUUCCAGAGCCAGUAUUUGAAAACCAUCAAAAAUAAAGUCUGACAGCAAUA